AUGACAUCCCCAGAGCAAUCGAGUCCCCGCCAGGUCAAAACCCGGGCCAAACAAGCGUGUCUCCACUGCAACCGACGGCGUAUCCGCUGCAAUGUGAUGCAGGUGCACCCGUGUCAGAAUUGCGUGAUGCUGAAUGUACCCUGCGAGAUAGGCGUUUCGAAGCGAGGAAAGUAUCCUCGGAAGAAGGCGGUUGGUCAUCAUGACGCAUCCGACAAGGACGCAGUGUCGGGGCACUCGAUAUCAGAGUCCCCAGCAGCAAGAUAUGGCAUUGCUACUCAAGCUGCGGACCAUCUGACUCCGUUGUCCAUGGGCCCCCCGGUACUACAACGGCAGCUGGAAUCGGGGAAACAUGCCCAUACUCAGGCGCGAAAACACACUCCAUUCAUAUCUCAGGAUUCCACGAGCGUCUCUCAUCAGACGGUGUUCUUUGGCGAGUCGAGCCCUCUAACUGUAGUCAUCGACGAAGGGCGUCUCUCCCCUGGAAGUGCUAAUGGGGCAAAGCAUCAGACGCGUCUUCACUACCCCAUUCCCGACAGACUCGCUAUCAACACCCGCGACGAAGCUCUCCGCGCGCACAAAAAGAAGCAAGAGGAGCAGCUGCGAGCCGAUGGGGCUUUCUCGUAUCCACCCGCUGAAACCUGCGACACACUUCUACAGGCCUACUUCACCUGGUUCCACCCCUGUUUUCCCAUUCUGGAUCGGGCGGCUGUUCAUCAGGCUUAUGUCCAGGGGAGCUUAUCGCCACUCUUACUGCAGGUCAUGCUGUUUAUCGGAGUCAGUCUUUGUACGGAUGAGGCGUUUGCGCGGACUGGGUUUUCCGUUCGCUAUUGGGCCAAGUUUCUUUUCUAUAGCCGAGCAAAGGCCAUCUAUGAUGCGGACUGGGAAUCUGACAAGAUUGUCAAAGUACAGUCCUUGUUUUUGUUGAGCUUUUGGCGAGGAGGGCCGUCGGAAGAGCGAGAUUUGCGCUUUUGGUUGGGCAGUGCUAUUAGUCUGGCGCAGAAGCGCGGGAUGCAUUUGAUGUCGAAAUUCUCUUUCCAUUCCCCUCGAGAAGAAGGGCUGUGGAAGCGGAUAUGGUGGGCUCUUUAUACCCGGGAUCAGCAAAGCGCUGCAGGACUCGGUCUCCCACCGCGGAUUCGAGAUGAAGAUUGUGAUGUCGCUAUGCUAGAGCCCGAUGAUAUUCGGGAGGAUGAGGAUGAUCCAACCUCAUUUGGUAAGCAGUGUGUGGAGGAUCUUAGCUAUCCGAUCGAGAUGGCGAAAUUGGCCAAAAUAUUGCGUAUCCUGGUUGCGACACUGUACUCACCUACCGAGUCAUCAAGUGGCAAAUCCUGUGCCGCGUUGCAUCAGCAACUGGUGGAUUGGGAAUCACACAUCCCUUCCGAGCUGCGCCUGGAAAAUGCAAGCACUCCGAGGGCAAAGUUUCUCGCGGGACUGCUGCAUAUGACGUAUUAUAACCUCUACAUCCUAUUAUACCGGCCAUCCUUCCUGCACCCUCCAGACGGAGACAUGGACAGCCAAGGCCAGAUCGCCUUGGAUGCUGCCAUCAAAAGCACCCGGAUCUUGGAAGAUCUGCUGUCGCACAACCUGGUCCAACAUGGUCCUCCUCAUCUAAUCACUCAUGCCUUUUCUACCCUUUGUAUCCACACCGUCCACUUCCGUCGAUCCUCCGGGACGUGUCGCAAGCUGGCCGAACACCGGGCCCGGUUGUGCCUUUUGAGCCUGCAAGAGUUGCAGAAAUCCUGGGAUUUGGAGAACUGGGUGCUGAAUUUGUUCUUUCGGUGUCUGGAUGACAGCACUGCACGCACUCUCCGAUUGAUAGAUGUUCCAGCACCGCCACCGCAGACCGACAUUUGCAGUCCUGCUGCGACCACCACUGAUUCUCCUGCUAUUAGUGGUGUCCCAGAGAUGGCAACUCAUGCGACCGUGUUUCCACCAACUUUACCACAGAAUCUCUCCGGAGAUGUCAGCAUGCCUAGUGACUGGUACAGCUUGUUCCAUGGCACCGAGGAUUAUACCGACAUGCUAGGCAUCCCUCCGCAAGACACAUCGCUCAAUCUGCAGAAUCUAGAAUUCCUCUACCGAUUCCUCUAA